CCAAAGAAUAUGCAAGUGUUCUUGCAGCUUGGGCUCGGUCUCGUAUUGCUUGCAGCACAGUAUGCACCUGGAACUGCGGUUCCUGGUUCAGAUUGCCGAAGGCAGUGCGGUACUGUUGAGAUACCGUACCCAUUCGGUAUCGACCCGGGCUGCUCGCUCGCAGAAGGCUUCGACCUCAGUUGCAAGGUCCAAGAUGGCGUCCAGAAGCCAUUCAAGGGUGCCUUUGAGGUGCUUGACAUUUCUUUGACCGAAGGCACGACCCGGGUGCUUAAUUACAUCCUGGGGUACUGCUACAACACCUCCACAGGGAGCAUGGAGUAUUUUGGCCGAUAUGCGGGGUUCAACGAAGGAGAUCCUUCUUCUCCCUACCGGUUCUCCGACCUCCAGAACAGGUUCACGGUCAUCGGGUGCAACGCCCUCGUCUUGAUAUACGACUUUGAUGCCACGGGCUACCAGGGCUUGGGCGUCGCAACAUGCCGCAAUCUGUCCGACUUGGUGGACGGAUCCUGCUCUGGCAUGGGCUGCUCCCAGACUACAAUACCGAAGAGGAUGUACUACUAUGACAUAGCCUUCUCGGAAAUAGUCAACACAAGUGAAAUUUGGGAGUUCAACCACUGUAGCUAUGUGGUACUGAUGGAGGCUGCGGCAUUCAAGUUCAGCACUGCUUACGUAAACACAAAUAAGUUCAAUGAAACAUAUAAUGGACGGGUGCCAAUGAUUCUUGACUGGGCUAUGAGAGAUGUGAAGUCAUGUGAUGUUGCAGAACAGAAUAAGACGGGCACUUAUGCAUGCCUCAGCAGCAACAGCAAAUGUGUGAAUUCCACCAAUGAUCAAGGUUACAUGUGUAAUUGCACAGAUGGUUAUGAAGGCAACCCUUAUCUUCGAGAUGGAUGCAAAGACGUUAAUGAAUGCAAACACAACCCAUGCCCUUCAGAUGGUUUUUGUCGCAAUAUCGUUGGAGAAUACCAGUGUUCUUGUGGACUUGGGAAAAAAUAUGUCAAAGAAAGCAAUACAUGCAAUGCUAAUAUUGGCUUAAUAAUAGGAGUUACAAUGGGAAUAUUCGGCCUAAUGGUUAUCAUCAUGUUCACUGUUUUUUGCGGGCAGAUUAUAAUGCAAAAGAGAAAAUUGAAAAAAGUUAAGCAGGAGUAUUUUCAUCAGCAUGGAGGCUUGCUUUUGUUUGACAAGAUGAAAUCAGAAAAAGGUCUUGCUUUCAAUGUAUUUUCAGAAGCUGAACUCAUACAUGCAACUGACAACUUCGACAGUAGUAGGAUACUUGGAAUAGGAGGCCAUGGAACGGUCUAUAAAGGGAUACUGAAGAACAUGCCUGUUGCAAUUAAAAGAUGUGCAAUAGUUGACGAAAGACAAAAGAAGGAAUUUGGCCAAGAGAUGCUUAUUUUGUCCCAAAUCAAUCACAAGAACAUUGUCAAACUCUUGGGUUGUUGCCUUGAGGUGGAAGUUCCAAUUCUAGUAUAUGAGUUUGUCUUAAAUGGUACACUAUUCGAGCUUAUCCAUGGCAAGAACCAAGCAUUGCAAAUAUCGUUCAGCAUUCUCUUAAGGAUUGCUCAUGAAGCGGCCGAAGGACUCAACUUCUUGCAUUCAUAUGCGUCUCCCCCAAUAAUUCACGGUGAUGUAAAAACUUCCAACAUCCUGCUUGAUGAUAACUAUAUGGCCAAAGUGUCAGACUUUGGAGCUUCCAUACUAGCACCAUCGGACAAAGCGCAGUUUGUCACAAUGGUUCAAGGUACUUGUGGUUACCUUGACCCCGAAUACAUGCAAACAUGUCAGUUAACAGACAAAAGUGACGUAUACAGCUUCGGAGUUAUCCUUUUAGAGAUCCUCACAGGCCAGUUGCCAUUGAAACUCGAGGGGUCUGAGAAGCAAAGAAGCUUGUCAUUGAUUUUCCUAUCUGCUAUGAAGGACAAUAAUCUAGAUUCUGUGUUGGUUAGCCACGUGAAAGGUCAAGAGAGCAUGGAGUUACUGAGAGGACUUGCAGACCUAGCUAAAAAUUGCCUAGAUAUGUGUGGUGAAAAUAGGCCAUCUAUGAAAGAGGUCGCCGAUGAGCUCAAUAGAUUGAGAAAACUUUCAUUACAUCCUUGGGCACAACUCGAUGUCGAGACAGAUGCUGAAAACCUUCUCGGAGAAGAAUCUACUAGUGGGUAUGAAAUAGAAUUAAGUGGGUAUCCUACGGGUGAAAGUGAGGACCUACCCAUAAACCCAAGAAGUUCCUAUUAUGCAAGGUGAGUAAACACAUGUGUAGUAAUCUAUUAAACCUACUACAUGCAGGUUGUUCCUUCUGUACUUCGUUACCAUGUGUAAUAUUUAUGUUAAUUCUAAACCUUCUUACCAUGUGUAUUGUAUUUUGAGGAUUGCUUGUACCUUUCCUAAUAGGGAGUCUAUCUCUUGCAAUUCAUAAAUUGCUAUUUGUGUUUUUAAAACAAUUAGGUGUGUGAUGUGAAAUAUCCAUUGGAUAUUCAAAUAUACAUGUAUCCUAGACAUAUGAAAGUCUAAUUCAUACAUGCUUUCUACAUCUACAUAUUACAAAUGCAUAACAAUAUAUCUUUGAGGCCAAUAAUAUCCUAUUUACUUUUAUAUUUUAAUAUAUGUUACAAUAUGUUUUUUAACACCAAAUUUUAUCUCAAUUUUAUAAAAAUAUCUAUUGACUCGAACGCUGCGGAAGGCGAUACAACCAUAAGAAGUUCAUAACCAAUCGUCGCAAAUGAAUUUGCAAAUAAUCCAUAAAGGUCCGAAGUCUGAACACACUCAAAAGGAAAUUAUCAUAGUUUGACAAAAUUAAAACAACCGAAGGUACUAGA